AUGGCGAUCAACGGAGAAGAACCUCCCAGCUCUCCAAAUGCUUCGGCAGUGGUCGGAAAUCCUAGCGAUGUCCAGCAGUUGAAGAUUCUACCGGGCAAGGAGGGUGCUUUGGUGACCGCGACGAGCAGCAAGCCUUCCACGCCGGAGCCUACACCGGCCAUCAUAAACCCCAUGCUGCUAUCAUCAGCCUGCUCUGGCUGCUGGAAGGGAUUGAGUUUUCUUCUCAGGCGGGAAGACGCAGGAAGGCCACCUAUCAUGAUGCCCACUAGAGAAUUUAUGGACUCCCUAGUGGCAGGCAGCAACAACAAUGAUGACGUAGAGGAGGGCAUCGACCAGCAUGCUUUGCCUGUGGCAGCACCACUUCUUGAGGGCGUUACCACUGUGGGGGAUACUGCACUACAUAUACUUGCCAGCCAUGGGGACGGGACAGAGUUCUUGCAGUGUGCUGACACCAUCUAUGGGAGGGCCAAACACCUCCUGUUUGCGCUGAACAACAAGGGUGACACGCCCUUGCACUGUGCUGCCCGUGCUCGGAAAUCCAAAAUGGUCUCUCAUCUCAUUCAUCUAGCUACAAGUGAGGAUGGGGAAGACACUGAUCAUAGGAAGCACGAGCUGUUGAGGAAGGAGAAUAAGCGUCAUGAGACGGCCUUGCAUGAUGCUGUCCGCAUUGGAGACGAGGGUAUGGUCAAGAAGCUAAUGCAGGCUGAUCCUGAAUUGGCUAAUUACCCUAAGGACCAAGGGAUUUCACCGUUGUACCUAGCCAUCUUGCUGCACGCAUACAGCAUUGCAGGAACAUUGCAUAGCAAGAGCAACGGGAAUCUCUCGUAUUCUGGACCUAAUGGACAAAAUGCUUUACAUAUAGCGAUUCUUCGACACACAGGUACUUUGAUAACAAAACAGGUAUUGGAAUGGAACAAUAGCCUUACCACACAAAGGGACAGCGAUGGAAGUACACCUCUUCACUUCGCGUCAUCACCCUAUUUCAAACUUGGCAUGUAUCUGCGUCUUCAUCCCCUCCGCAGACCACCUUGGUUUGGCUUUUUACGGCAUCCCCGGAUUUGUACAUUGAACCUCAUGGAAGUAUUCAAAGCGAACCCAGCAGCAAUGUAUCAAGUAGACAACAACGGAUUUUUCCCCAUACAUGUCGCUGCCUCUGUAGGUGCCACAAAUACCAUACAAUUUUUCCUUGCAAGGUGUCCCAAUAAUGCUGGACUUUGUGAUGCUAAAGGAAGGACAUUUCUUCAUGUUGCCGUUGAGAAAAGAAGUUUCAGCAUAGUGUACUUUGUUUGCCGAACUCCAUCACUAGCUUGGAUUUUGAAUAUGCAAGAUAAUGACGGGAACACUGCACUGCACUUAGCAGUCCUGGAUGGGAAUUUAAGGAUAUUCUGUGCUCUAUUAAGGAAUCGAGCAGUGCACUUAUAUUUAACAAAUAACCACGGAGAAACUCCCUGUGCUCUAUCCAGAAGCAAGCUUCCACGUGGAAUGGGAUCUAUUCUGAACUCAGAAACCGUAAUAAACAGGGCCUUGGUGUCCGUUGGUGCUGACUACAGUGAGCUUCGCUGUGAUAAGACUGUGGAAAAGUAUAGUACCCGUCUAAAGCCAGAGGAAGAGGACAGAGAAUCAGCGAAGAUCAAAGAUGCAACACAAAUAUUUACCGUUGGUUCAGUUCUAAUAGCAACCGUGACAUUCGGUGCAACUUUUGCCCUUCCUGGUGGUUACAGAGCCGAUGACCAUACAAAUGGAGGCACACCGACACUUGCUGGGAGGUAUAGUUUUGAUGCAUUCAUGAUGGCCAACACACUAGCUUUCAUUUGUUCCUCAAUAGCUACCAUUGGCUUCAUGUUCUCCGGGACUUCCUUGGUUAACUUAGCCACCCGCAACUUCAACUUUGUCAUGUCUGUGUUUUUCAUGACAAGUUCAGUCACAAGCAUGUCAGCUGCUUUUGCCCUGGGUGUCUAUAUGGUUCUAGCUCCUGUUGCUCGCAGAACUGCGGUUGCGGUCUGUGCUAUUAUUCCACUUGUAGUGCUAAGUACAAGUGUGGAGUAUUUAUGGAAAUGGAUUCUUCUGGCCCGGCCGUUGUGCAUUAGGAAGGGACUAUUCCCAGGAAUGGUACUGUUUCUAAUUCGGGGCUUUGAUUUUGCGCUCGUUAGAGUUUGGCCCUUCAUAGUUAUCUUUGUUUGGGCUGCAUUCGCAAGGAUCCACCACCAAAGCUAA